GUUUCUUGGACAUCUUGUGAAUACAUCAGUAAAAAUACUUGGAGGUUUAGAAGACCAGAAGAUAUGGUGUUCACAUUUACUUCCAUGGAUACUAACCAGUCUUCACUUAGAUACAGAAUCACACUGUGGCAUGAAAUCUUCCCUUAAGCAGGAAAGACGCUAUUAAAGGAUUCUGUCCUCCUCCUGCUUCCCAGUGCCCAGUCUGUACUGGUCUCCCAUUCUGUGAAGAUGAUUAAGUGGAAGAGACUCUGCCAGAAGCAUUACCUGUGGGCUCUAGGCUGCUAUAUUCUGCUGGCCAUUGUUGCUCUGCGACUUUCUCUCAGAUUGAAAUGUGACUCUGAUCAUCUGGAUCUGGAGUCCAGGGAAUUUCAAAGCCUGCGCUGUAGGGGUAUCUUGUACAAGUCCCUGAAGCUGCCAGCAGAGAGGUCCAUCGACUGUCCAGGGAUCACGCGGGGGUACCAGGAAGCAGUGAGCCAGGCUCUGCUGAAUAAACUGGAGGUCAAAAAGAAGCGGGCACUUUUCACAGAUGCUGACUACCUCUAUAUGACUAGAAACUGUGAGGACUUUAAGGCCAAGAGGAAGUACAUACAGUUUCCACUGAGCAAAGAGGAGCUAGACUUCCCUAUUGCAUACUCUAUGGUGGUUCAUGAGAAAAUUGAAAACUUUGAAAGGCUGCUGCGAGCUGUGUAUACUCCUCAGAACAUAUACUGCAUCCACAUGGAUGAGAAGUCCCCAGAAACUUUCAAAGAGGCAGUCAGGGCGAUUACAUCUUGCUUUCCAAAUGUCUUCAUAGCCAGUAAGCUGGUUCGGGUGUUUUAUGCUUCCUGGUCCAGGGUGCAGGCUGACCUGAACUGCAUGGAAGACUUGCUCCAGAGCUCAGUGCCAUGGAAAUACUUCCUGAAUACAUGUGGGACAGACUUUCCUAUAAAGACCAAUGCUGAGAUGGUCCAGGCCCUCAAGAUGUUGAAUGGGAAGAACAGUAUGGAGUCAGAGAUACCCACUGAGUACAAAAAAGUCCGCUGGAAAUAUCACUAUGAGAUGACAGACCAAUUACACAUAACCAGCAAGAAGAAGGAUCCUCCCCCUAAUAAUUUAACUAUGUUUAUAGGGAAUGCCUAUAUUGUGGCUUCUCGAGACUUCAUUCAACAUGUCUUAAAGCACCCCAAAUCCCAACAACUGAUUGAAUGGGUAAAAGACACCUACAGCCCUGAUGAACACCUCUGGGCCACCCUUCAGCGUGCACCAUGGAUGCCUGGCUCUCUUCCCUACCACCGCAAGUAUGACAUCUCAGACAUGACUGCCAUUGCCAGGCUGGUCAAGUGGGAGGGACAUGAGGGAGAUGUCAGUGAGGGGGCACCUUAUGCACCUUGCUCUGGAACCCACCAGCGGUCUGUCUGUAUUUAUGGAGCUGGGGACCUGCACUGGAUACUUCAAAACCAUCACCUGCUGGCCAACAAGUUUGACCCAAAGGUGGAUGAUAAUGUUCUUCAGUGCUUAGAAGAGUACUUGCGUUAUAAGGCCAUCUAUGGGACUGAACUCUGAGACACACCGUGAGAGAAUUGCUACCUGUGGACAGGAGCAUGUGCAGACAUGCCCAGAACUUGCUGGGACUAUGUGGGGUGCGAGACUAGGGCUUUGGAAUCUGUGGCAUCCCCUAGGAUAAGGGGGCUGCUAUUGGAGUGUGGGUAACUACAUCCACUGCCCCGUGUGAAUGCUGACUGUUCUCUCACCCUUAUCCUCAACAGUUCCUCCACUGACUGCCACAGAGUGAGAGUGAGAACCACUUAUUUGGGAGAGUAAGGGAGAGACAUGGGGCAGGGGACCUUGGAUUUCAGUUGAAUGCCUGGUGUCAGUUUUCCACUGGAUGGAGGUGCUGUUCCUAAUGAUUCUAGGCUUGGUAGUGGGGAGGGGAGUUUGAUAGAAAGAGAGCCUUCCCUUUUGAACUGUUAACUUAAAAAUAAAUAGCUCCUGAUUCAAAGUCCUA